AAAUCUUCAAACAUUGGUAGAUUUAGUUGACCAAUAAAAUUAGAGAGCAAUGAUAACUGAAUAAUCUACAGUGUGCAAUCUAUACCAUAAAUACUAAUAACGUGCUCUACAUAAAACGAUGGCUGUCCAACCAAAUCAACAAUUUAAUAUGGAUCCACCAAGUCAACAGAGUUUUGUCAGAUUUUUUAAAAAUCUACCUGAAAAACUUAAUACCACUAUACGAUUUUUUAAUAGAUCAGAUUAUUAUACAUUACAUGGUAAUGAUGCUUUAUUUGCUGCACAAGAAGUUUUUAAAACUACGUCAGUUUGUAAGAUGAUAGGAGCUGAGCCAUAUAAAACCGAGGGUGUUAUUCUUAACAAAAAUCAUUUUGAAUCUUUUAUACGUGAUCUACUGUUAGUAAAACAAUAUAGAGUAGAAGUUUAUAUUAAUCAAGGAUCAGCAAAAAAUCAAAAUUGGGUAUUAGAAUAUAAAGGUUCUCCUGGAAAUUUAACACAAUUUGAAGAUACAUUGUUUGGCAAUAAUGAUGUUGCUGUUAGUGUACAUGUCAUAGCAGUGAAAUUAGGAAUAGAGGCAAAAUCUAGAAUUGUUGGUUUAAGCUGUGUAGAUACUACAGCAACUUCAUUUUCUGUUUCUGAAUUUCAAGACAAUGAAUCAUUUUCCAAUUUGGAAUCACUGGUUGUUACACUUGCUCCCAAAGAAUGUUUAUUAAUUCAAGGUGAAGGCAGCUAUGAAUUUCAAACUCUUAAACAAGUCAUGGAACGAAAUAAUGUAAUGGUUACUACAAGAAAAAGAAGUGAAUUUUCUAGUGAAUCAGUUAUACAAGAUCUAAAUACUUUAAUAAAAUUCAAGAAAGGUCAACAACAAAAUGCACAGUCUUUACCUGAAGUCAAUUUAAGCUUUGCUAUGUCAGCUACUUCUGCGCUUAUUAAAUAUUUAGAUUUAACAUCAGAUGAAGGAAAUUUAAAUCAAUUUGCUAUAGACCAAAUAAAGGAGUCACGUUAUUUAAAGCUUGAUUCAGCUGCUAUAAAAGCUCUUAAUAUUGAAUCACGUGUUGAUACCUCUUCUAUUUUAAAUGGAAACGCACCUGCAAGUAUUUUGGGCAUUUUGGAUAAAUGUAGGACUUCACAAGGUCAUAGAUUGCUUGCACAAUGGAUUAGACAACCUUUAAAAGAUUUAUGUCUUAUAAAGGAAAGACAUGAUAUUGUUGAAACACUAGUGAAUGACAAUGAAUUACGAACUAAUCUUAGUGAAGAUCAUUUAAGACGCAUACCGGAUUUGCAAGUGCUUGCAAAAAAAUUGGCCAGGAAAAAAUCAACUUUACAAGACCUUUAUAAGAUUUACAUGUGUAUAUCACAUUUGCCUAGAUUAUUAGAACAGCUUUCUAAUAUAAACGUAAUAGCCUUAAAAACAAUGUUCAGUGAUCCUUUGAGUGAACUUAUUAAAGACAUGGACAAAUUUCAACAAAUGGUUGAACAAACAAUUGAUUUAGAUUCCGCCGAAAAAGGAGAUUUCUUAGUACGAGCCGAAUUUGAUGAUGAAUUGAAAGAAUUAAAAAAUACUAUGGACGAGGUGGAGGCGAAAUUACAAUCUCAAUUGGGUAAAGUUGCUAAUGAUCUUUCAAUCGAAGCUGGAAAAACUCUAAAACUAGAAUCAAAUCAACAACUUGGAUAUUAUUUUCGUGUAACAUUGAAAGAAGAAAAAGUACUAAGAAAUAAGAAACAGUAUAUUAUUCUGGAUUCUAACAAAAGCGGUGUACGAUUUCGCAGCAAUAAAUUAAAUGAUUUAAAUGAUGAAUACAUUGUUGCUAGAGAUAAAUAUACAGUGGAACAAAAAAAGGUUGUUACAGAAAUAAUUGAAAUUGCAGCCGGCUACAGUAGUACAAUAAAAACUAUUGGAAAUGUAUUGGCAUCUCUUGAUGUGCUUACUGCUUUUGCUUCUGUUGCUGUAAGUGCUAAUAAACCAUAUGUACGUCCUGAAAUGCUACCUACCGAAGCCGGUGAGUUUAAUCUUACUCAAGUUCGACAUCCAUGUUUGGAAAUUCAAGAAGGAGUAGAUUUUAUAGCUAAUGAUAUCAGUUUUAAAAGAGGCGAAUGUCAUUUUCGCAUUAUAACUGGUCCAAAUAUGGGAGGUAAAAGCACCUAUAUAAGAUCUGCUGGUGUCAGUGCUUUAAUGGCACAUAUUGGAAGCUUUGUUCCUUGCGAUCAAGCAAGAAUAUCAUUAUUGGAUUGUAUAUUAGCCCGUGUAGGAGCUGAUGAUUCUCAAUUAAAAGGGCUUUCUACAUUUAUGAUGGAAAUGAUAGAAACUGCUGCCAUAUUAAAAACAGCAACUUGUAAUUCUCUCGUGUUAAUUGACGAAUUAGGCAGAGGAACCUCUACUUAUGAAGGUUGCGGUAUAGCAUGGUCAAUCGCCGAAUAUUUAGCAAAAGAAAUCAAAUGCUACUGUCUUUUUGCGACACAUUUUCAUGAAAUAACUAAAUUAGAAGAAGAAGUAUCUGCCGUUAAAAAUCAACACGUUACAGCCCUUGUAGACGAUAAUAAAUUAACUUUAUUAUAUAAAGUAAAACCUGGUAUAUGUGAUCAAAGUUUUGGCAUACAUGUCGCUAAAAUGGCUAAUUUCCCACAAGAUGUUAUAGAGUUUGCUAAGCGUAAACAAGCAGAGCUUGAAGAUUACCAAGACUCAGUUUUUGAAGGUUCUGAUAAUCCACAAAAAAAGAAAGAUAUUAUAAAGGAAGCUGAAAUUCUUAUUGCAGAAUUUAUUAGUAAAUGCAGAAAUUUAGACAAAUCAUUAUCUGAUGCGGAUCUAGAAGAUAGAAUUUCAAUAUUUAAAAAAGAAGUUCUAUCUCACGAAAAUCCCUACAUAAAGACACUUCUAGCAGCUUCUUAACUUAAUGUAAAACAAUUACUUUAUAAAAGUACUAUCCAGUAUUAAUCACAUGAGUAUUACUAAUUUAGGUAUAAAAAAAGGUACACUGUUGUUUUACAAAUCCUGUAUUGAAUCAUAAUUUUUGAUAUUAUUGUAUAUAUAAUGUUUGAUAUAUAUAUAUAUAUAUAUAUAUAACAGGCUUUUUAUAAUCAAAAUAUCUUUCCAAUAAAUGUACCUGUACCACUGAUCUCAGAUAUUUAACAAAAUCACAAGUUACCUCCAAAAAUAUGAUACCUUUACCACAGAUGAAGUACUUUAUAUAUGGGAUUGGAAAUAAAAUACCCUUAUGUCCUAUA